UUACAAUUAUUUCCAUAACUUUUAACCAUGAACUCAAAACCAUACAUUGAAUCUGUUAAAUAUAAAAACAAACAAAUCGCUACGAGCUCAAGACAUCAAGAAGCAAGAUCGGAACAAAAAUCACAUGAAGAUCAGCAUUAUGUACCAGAAAGGUCACUUUGUGUUGCACCUCUACCAAGAACUGUGUCACCAGAAGAUUUAGUAAAUUUUUUCCAUCAAUUUGGAGCAGUUAAAAGACAACAUUUUGGACGGAAUUUCUUUCGGAUUGAAUACAAUGAUAGCAAACCUGUUGAUAUUUUAAUGAGCAGAUCAAAUUGGCUACCAAAUGAAAAAUUAUGUUUAAAAAGACUGAAGAAAAAUGGAGAAAAUUUCGACAAAAUGCCACAAAAACACACUAAUACGGGCCCGAAAAGAACUGAGAAUAAACCUGAAGAAGAAGAGGAUCCAAUAAGUUACGACCGUAUAAAGGAUGCUAUUGAAAAGGAAGUGACGUUUGACAACCAAUUGGCGGCACUUUUAAAUGCAGUACAGCUUACCGAAUUUGAAUUGGCAACAAGAUAUAAUGUCAUUUGUACUCAUUUGGACGAAAUAUUCAGAUCGGUUUUCCCAGAAUGUCGGACAUACAGAUUUGGCUCAACACUGGCGCAAUUGAGUUUUAAAGAGAGUGAUUUGGAUAUCUACAUGUACGUCGGUAAAGCCGGUUUACCGCCGAUGUAUCACAAAUCGGAUAUACCAUCACACAUAUGGACGCCAAUGAUCUUCAAGAGAGUGAGAAGAGUUAUGUACAGCAUGAAAUUUGUAUUUGCCAACAUAAUAUCAAUCCCUAAAGCGAAAACACCUAUUAUAAAGUUUCGUUAUCUGCCGACUAAUGUCUCCUGCGAUAUUUCCUUCAAAAAUGGCCUAGGCAUCUAUAAGAGUAACUUCCUGUGGUAUUGUGCGUCACGCGAUCCUCGGUUAAGGCCGUUAAUGCUGCUCAUCAAGUACUGGGCGAGGCACUUUGGAAUUUCGGGUAGCGGAAGGAUUUCCAGUUACGGAUUAGUGUUACUGAUUAUCUUUUACCUCCAGCAAGAAACAGUUGGUCUCCUUCCGCCUUUGUUACAUCUUCAGAGAAAUUGCACCCCGCAGAUUAUGAACGGAUGGCAAGUGAACUUUGAUGAAAGCACUGCGUUACCACCCAUUACCAACAGCAGUAAUAUUGCAACACUGCUUCACAAUUUCUUUUCCUUUUACGGUCAAUUCAAUUUUAACUUGUGCGUGAUAUGUUUAUUGGACGGAAAAACGUACUCAACACCUGACUUUGCGCAAUUAGAUAAAUUACCCGAUUACAUGGAUAGAUACAAGAAUUACGUCAUGGAUAACAGUGCCAAGAAAUUAGAUGUUCACAAGCCAGUAUGCCUGCAGGAUCCGAUCGAGCUUAAUCAGAAUACGGCCGCAAACACGUCGGAUCGUGCGUUAAUAGCAUUUCAGCAUUGUUGCAAGUUCAGCGCCGAUGUCUGCUCAACUGCUAGUGCAAAUAAUUACGAUUAUUUAGUGAGCAUGUUAUUCACCACAAUUCCUCCUCAGUUGAUACACAUGAGGAAGAAGAGGAAGAAGUUUAAAAAUAUAAUAAAGGCUGGUCGUUUCCUCCAUGCUGGAUUACCGGAAGACUUCGAGACACGUACAGACAUUGCUAAUAAGGAGCAAUACAUGAAGGAUAACUGGUAUUUCGUCACUUUUAAUCUAAUAAGAGAUAUCUUUGAAAUGAUCUUCAAGUUGCAAGUCGAGGUUCUCCUCGAUCAAGAAACGAAGCAGCAGAAAAUUGAAGUAUUAUCCGAUGUACAUACCAGAGAUUACCAAAAAGUUACGUUUCACUGCACGGGAAAUAAGUGCGUGUGGUACAAUCGAAAGAAGAAUAAUAGGACACUUUUGGAUCUUCAAUUAAGUCUUCUGGAAAAAGAGGCGAUCAUGUCGGAUAAAGUAAUAGAGCAAUUAAAUGAACAUGACAAAGCAAACAACAUAAAACUAGAUUUUAUAUGUACGUUGGAAAAGGCGGAUAAUCCUGUGGCGGUAAUUAUAAUGUUGAACGACGAAAACAGUCAGAAUCAUAUCUUUCGACAAUUUGAGUGUUUCGUAAAUAGUUGGAUACCGAAAAUAAUAAACAAAACAUUGCUACACAUGCUGCAGUUCAAAAAGACCUAUGAUAAAUUGUUGUGCCAUCAGCAAUCAUGAUAACGUUAACAAUGUCAUGUGCUUUGUAUGAACCAAAAAUUUAGUGAUUUAUUCCAUAUAAUAUCCUGUUAAUAUAAUGUGUAAUAUAGUUUUGGUCAUAUUCAUCUGACUAGAUUGUUUUUAUAAUAAUUUGGAAGAUAUUAAUUACGCGUAAGUUCAAAGUGUCUUCAGAAAAUACAUAAGUAAAAAAUACAAAAAACUAGCUCCUAUUUCAUGUUUUUCAAUAUUCGCAUCACAAUCAAUAUUAUUUAUUGAAUCCACAUGUAGUAUCACAGUUGCAAACUGUAAUCUCUUACAGUAAGUAUAACCGUAUCGUGGAAUAAAUGCAAGUUUUUAUAAGCACAA